AAACCAGACGCUUCAACUUUAUCCCCAUUUCUCUGAAAACCCUAACAAAUCCUCCUCUUGCUCCUCCACCGCCGCCGCCGCUAUUCAACGGUGGUGAUAUAUCUCAGUCAUUCACUUCGAUCCUCUUUCAUCGAUAAUCCUACGCAAAUCCACAAUCAUGGCCGCCACUGCUUCCUCCGAAGCUUCUGAAGGACCAGUGAUGGGUCUCAUCAACAAGCGUCUCCGUGCUCUCCGUAAGAAAUACAACCGAAUCACUCAAAUGGAAGAAUCAAUUUCUCAGGGCAAAACCCUAAACAAGGAGCAAGAAGAAGUCCUCCGCUCCAAACCAGCCGUCGUCAUCCUUAUUGAAGAGCUUGAAAAGAUCCGUGCUCCUCUCUCCGCCGCUGUUGCAGAAGAAAUCAGCCUCGCUACUCAGCUUAACCGUGCUCCCUCCGAUCAAACCACCGCGUCUGAGCAAAAGGAAGUCACUGAUAUUCCUCAGGAAGUUAGCGGCGGUGAUGGUGGUGCUAAUCUGGAGGAUCUGGUGAAUCUCCUCUACUUUGGUUCACUCUUCGACGUCAAGUCACAGAACGAGUUCACUUCGAUAAUGUUGACCAGGACUCAUGAGAGAAGUUGCUGCUUGUCUUACGAUUACGUUACCGAUGAUGCCACUGAUCUCCUCGGCGAUCGGGAUUUGGAUUCUAUUUCUCAGCUUUGGAGCUUGAUGGUUUCUCGUCCGGUGGAUUCGAGCUUAUCUCAUAAGAACGCUUUGGAGCGUUGUGUUGAGCACGCAAAGCUUUGGUUAGCUAAUUCAGAGCAGCCAAUUGAAUCAAACUGCAACAUUUCAUAUGCUGCAUUGAGAGAGAAGUUGAAGAAGAUUAUGGGGUCUGACUAUUUCACUACUACGCCGGAGAUGAAAGCUCCGGUUGAUGUGGCGGCUGCUGCUGGUAACUACACUUCUUACCAGGUACCUGUGGACGUGGAAGCUUCAGGGCACUACCAGCAAAAGGAAGAAGAUGCAUCAAAUUCUAAAGAAGAAGAAUCAGUUGGUAAUGAUCAAUCUCCACAAGAUGAGCAACAAAAGGUUGAGUCAGUGACGGAAGGAGAGGUGGUCCAUGGACAACAAGAACAGGGCUAUACUCAGGUGGGAGCAGAGAAUGCUAAGAGAGACUAUGUGCCACGUGGGUCUUACCAGAACCAGAGGGGUCGUCGAGGUGCACGAAGAGGAGGUGGUGGUGGUGGCUACCAGAAUGGGCGAGGAGGUCGAGGUGGUGGUGGUGGCUACCAGAAUGGGCGAUACGAAUCUUAUGAUCAAUCUGGUGGAAACGGUUACCAAAGGAACUACUACAACAACAGAGGAAGGGGACGUGGUGGUGGUGGAGGAAAUGGCCAUUCAUACAACAACUACCAAGACCCCAAUGUUACUGUUGCGUCUUAGCUUUUGUGCCUGUGUCUUUUGGGUGCGUCUCUUUCGUUAUCUUGCGUUUAUGCUAUAACUCGUAUAAGUCCUGUUU